CAACCAUAGUCCCCUUCACCCAAAAAAAAAUUAAAAGGAAUAACCAGGUACCACUUUUCAAGUUCCUUUGCAUCAUAACUCCCACGUCUCCACUUCUUGUCCAGCAAACCAAAACACAUUAUUCAGCCCCACCCCACCCCACAACCCAACAUCUCCAUUCUUCCUUAUUUAUGCACAACCAACCACCCUACCAUCCCCACCCACCCCACACCAUCAAUGGCUUUCCUCCACCUCCUUCUACUCCUCCUCUUCACUUUCCUUUCCUUAACAUCCUCAGAUGAUGCUGAUGUUAUGUCCAAACUUCUUACAUCUCUAUCUCCACCACCUUCUACUUGGUCAGCUUCUCAACCUUUCUGUUCUUGGAAAAAUGUCAACUGUGACAAAUCUUCUAACACUGUAACUUCAAUUAAUCUUGAUUCUCAAUCACUUUCUGGUUCUUUACCACCUGAAAUUACUCAACUUUCCAAUCUUAAAACACUUUCUGUUCAAAAAAACAAACUUUCUGGUCCUUUACCUUCAUUUUCAAACAUGUCAAACUUAGCUCAGCUUUUCUUGGAUGACAACCAAUUCACUUCUAUUCCUAAAGAUUUCCUUUUGGGGUUACCAAAUUUAGUAACUUUAAGCAUUAGUGAAAAUGGGAAACUUUCUCCUUGGGAAAUUCCUUUGUAUUUAACUGAAAGUACAAAUUUAGGCUCUUUUUAUGGUAGUAAUGCUAGUAUUGUUGGUGUUAUUCCUGAUUUCUUUGAUGCUUUUCCUAAUUUACAGAAUUUAAGGUUGUCUUAUAAUAAUCUUACUGGUUCUUUACCUGUUUCUCUUGGUGGUUCUGAAAUUAGGAAUCUUUGGUUGAAUAAUCAGUUAAAAGGGUUAUCAGGUAGUAUUAAUGUGAUUGGUGAUAUGACACAAUUGUCUCAAGUUUGGUUACAUGCUAAUUCUUUUACUGGUAGUAUUCCUGAUUUGUCAAAAUGUGAGAGUAUAUUUGAUUUGCAAUUAAGGGAUAAUCAGUUCACUGGUGUUGUUCCUGAAUCUGUUAUGACUCUUCCAAACUUGUUAAACAUUACUUUACAAAACAAUAAGUUGCAAGGUCCAAUGCCAGUAUUUAAAGAUGGGGUUAAGGUUAAUCUUGGAAGUACUAAUAGUUUUUGUAGGGAUACUCCAGGGCCUUGUGAUCCACAAGUCACUUCUCUUCUUGAUGUAGCUGGUGGAUUUGGGUAUCCGAUAUCGUUGGCUGAAUCUUGGAAAGGAAAUGAUGCUUGUAAUAGUUGGAAUUAUAUAAGUUGUGAUACGACGGGGAAGAGUGUCACCGUUGUUACCUUAGGUAAACGGGGCUUUUCGGGUAUUAUUUCACCUGCUUUUGCAAAUUUGACUUCAUUGAGGAAUUUGUUAUUGAAUGACAAUAAUCUUACCGGUACAAUCCCGGAGAGAUUAACAACUUUAUCGAGUUUACAAGUUCUUGAUGUGUCUAAUAACAAUUUGUCUGGUCCUAUACCGUUGUUUCCGCCUAGUGUGAAAUUUACUAGUACGGGUAACUUGUUGCUCGGGAAGAAUAUAAGUACUGGUGGUGGUGGUGGAGGUGGAAGUGGAUCUGAAGGUCCCGGAUCGAAUUCAGGUAGUCCUGGUGAAGGUUCUGGUUCGAAGAGGCAUUCAGUUUCUGCUGGAAUGAUUGCUGGUGUUGUUAUAGCUGUUGUUCUAUUUGUUUUAGUAGUAUUGUUUGUGUCUUACAAAUGUUUCAUCAAGAGGUGCCAUAAGAGAUUUGGAAGGGUUGAGACUCCGGAGAAAAGCAAUGAAAUGGUUAAGCCGCCUAGUGUCCCUAGUGUUGUGGGCGGUUCGAAUGGAUAUGCUGGUGGAGUCACAAGCGAGUUACAGAGUCAGAGCAGCGGUGAUCAUAGUGAGAUACCAGCUUUCGAAAACGGAAAUGUUGCCAUUUCCAUUCAGGUCCUUCGACAAGUGACGAACAACUUCAGUGAAGAAAAUAUCUUGGGGAGAGGAGGGUUUGGAGUUGUUUAUAAAGGCGAGCUACACGAUGGGACUAAGAUCGCAGUAAAGAGGAUGGAAUCCGGAGUUAUGGGUACUAAGGGAAUGAAAGAAUUCCAAGCGGAAAUUGAGGUCCUUACCAAAGUCAGGCAUAGGCAUUUGGUCGCUCUACUUGGUUCGUGUGUUAAUGGAAACGAGAGGCUUUUGGUAUACGAGUAUAUGCCACAAGGAACUUUGACUCAACAUUUGUUUGAAUGGCAAGAAUUGGGAUACGAACCUCUUAGUUGGACGCAGAGGGUAACGAUAGCAUUGGACGUGGCAAGAGGGGUUGAGUACCUGCAUAGCUUGGCACAACAAAGUUUCAUUCAUAGAGAUUUAAAACCGUCUAAUAUCCUUCUUGGAGAUGAUAUGAGAGCCAAGGUUGCAGAUUUUGGUUUGGUUAGGAAUGCACCUGAUGGGAAAUAUUCUGUUGAGACACGUUUGGCUGGAACAUUUGGUUAUCUUGCACCUGAAUAUGCUGCUACUGGCCGAGUCACAACCAAAGUAGAUGUUUAUGCCUUCGGUGUUGUUCUGAUGGAGAUCAUUACCGGUAGAAAAGCACUAGAUGAGACCAUGCCAGAUGAGAGUUCUCAUUUGGUAACAUGGUUCCGCAGAGUCCUUAUCAACAAAGACAACCUGCGAAAGGCUAUUGACUCGACACUGGAUCCUGAUGAUGAAACAUAUGAAAGCAUCUCCAAAGUUGCCGAGUUAGCUGGCCAUUGCACUGCUCGGGAACCUUUGCAGCGGCCUGAUAUGGGACAUGCUGUUAAUGUCCUUGGUCCCCUUGUUGAGCAGUGGAAGCCUAUGACAAAAGAAGAUGAUGACAGCUAUGGCAUUGACCUCGAUAUGAGCCUUCCUCAAGCCCUGCAAAGGUGGCAAGCCAAUGAAGGAACUUCUAGAAUGUUCGAUGAUGACUUCUCGAUGAGUCAAUCACAGUCGAGCAUACCCUCAAAACCUUCCGGAUUUGCAGAUACUUUCAGUUCAACAGAUUGCAGAUGAUAAGAAAAUGUUUAGUAACAUGCCUCGCACGGUUUUAAUCCUUUGUGGAUUAACAUAAUAGAGUAUGCCAAUUCAUUUGAUUAAUUGGUUUCUUCUAGUCAAUGUCAUUUACUUUUAUGUGGUUACAUCACCUUUCUGUAUCAAAUUUAAGUUAAUAUAGUCUAGAUGCAAGGUGUGGUUUUUGGAGAGACAGAAAAUUGUAUCAUAUUCUUUCAUAUUUUAUUGCUAAUGUAAAUAAAUUUUGAGCUUCCCCUCCAAA